UUCUUCCCGAGAAAAUCAACUGAGACAAAAAAAAAAAAAAAAUGGAGACUUCUCUGAGAUAUGCAACCAAUUCCAGGUCUCUGAAGAUUCAUGCCAAGGAAAGGUUUCCGGUGAACUCCAAAACUCGCCUGCAGCUUCAUGGAGAGCUAGAUACAGGAGCUGGAGUGCCAAGUUACUUCUGUGCAAUGAUUAGACACUUUUUCCCUCAGGCUUCAACAAGCCUUGGAGUUGGUUUGCAUUAUGAUAAACGGGAAAAGCUUCGGUGUCUUGUACGUGGGAAAAAAAAGUUUCCUGUGAUAACUGAUGAGCUUGUAACCUUUAAUAUCAAAGGAAGAUGUGAUUUUGACCAGGACUUUGUUCAGAGGAACGCUAAAGGAGCUGCUGAAUUUGACUGGAACAUAUGGAAGUUUCAGAAAGAUCAGGAUUUACGCCUCAGAAUUGGCUACGAGAUGUUUGAGAAGAUCCCUUAUAUGCAGAUUAGAGAAAACAAUUGGACUUUCAACACGAAUUUGAAAGGAAAAUGGAAUGUGAGGUUUGAUCUGUGAUGAGUACUCAUGAACAGAAACACCGAAUAGUAAGAUCACAUUUUUCAUAUUUGUAACAUUUUGAGAAUUGUUUUACGGAUAGAAAAAAAAACUCACUUUAGCUCAACCAACUGAGAGCAAAUUCAGAGAUCAUACUCUUGCUAUUGUCAUCUAGGCUCAUAUAGCUAUUUCUAUGUCUAAUAGAAUCCGUAUCUAACUAGGUUUGACUAAAUGUGUGGUCUUAAAACCCACUAAUUGUAUGUUC